GUAUAUGCCACGUACCAAACAACCAUUCGCCAACCGACCACAGCUAUUUCUGGAUAUCCUUAAUUUAAAGACGAAGGGGUUCACCACUCACGGCCGGCGUUCAAGUUCGAACCAGCCGCGCUCGGUUGCGUACCGGAAAGCCUGGGGUACUGUAUGUACUUGCUGCUCUUGAGCAACCGUGCCCACGCAAACGGAACGGUGCCGGCGCAAGCUCGACGACAGUCACCAUAUCCAUUGCCAAAGGCGAGGUAUAUAAUGGAGCUUACUGGACUACAUAUUCCGUUCAACCACUCGUUCGACAAACGUCGGGGAAGCCACAAGCUUUCUUCUUUCCAGAUCAGUCGUUGACGUUGCACGAACCAUGGCCGUCAUGUUUCGACUCUUACUCAUUCUCAACGCGACAGUCGUUCUCUUCCAAAGCAUAUUUGCUCACGUCCUUCCCUUAGAGCGCAGGGCCGACUCGUAUUGUGAGAACUCUGCUAGCAACCGCUCGUGCUGGGGUAAUUACAGUAUCUAUACAGACUACUAUUCAGUUGAAGAAUCCCCAAACACCGGUGUCAUCCGCGAAUACUGGCUUGAGAUUGUCAACAUCACUCUCGCUCCUGAUGGUUUUGAAAGGCAAGUCCUUUGCGUCAAUGGUACCAUUCCAGGACCGAACAUCUGGGCAAAUUGGGGAGACGAGAUCAAGGUUCAUGUCACCAACAAACUUGAAGACAAUGGAACUUCGAUCCACUGGCACGCACAAACUCAGCUGAACACCAACGAUAUGGAUGGCGUCCCAGGUGUCACUCAGACGCCAAUCCCACCCGGCGGAAACUUCACCUAUCAUUUCAAAGCCGAUCACUAUGGUCAGUCAUGGUAUCACUCUCAUUUCAGCUUGCAAUAUGUUGAAGGAGUGUUGGGUCCGCUUACCGUCUAUGGCCCAACAAGCGCCAACUAUGAUGUCGACUUGGGUCCUUUAAUGCUUGAGGAUUGGCGUCACAUAUCGGCUUUCCAGGUUAUGCGGAACUUUUCGCACAGCGGUCUUGGCGCCGGUGCCGUGCUUGAAAAUGCCGUCAACCUUCUCCUGAACGGCACGAAUGUCUUCAAUAAUUCGGGUACGAUCACCGGUGCUCACCUGAAUGUCACUGUCGAGCCGGGCAAGAAGUACAAGAUGGGUCUUGUCGGUAGCUGUGGAGAGAACAGUGUCUAUUUCAGCAUCGACAAGCACAACUUUACGCUUGUCAGCACGGAUUACACACCUAUUCAACCAGUGGUGGUCGAUCACAUCUUCGUUACACCUGGACAACGUUACGAGAUCAUAUUUGAGGCCAGCCUUGACGUUGACAAUUAUUGGAUACGAGCUGAACCCGCUGUUCUGGGCCAUUGUGCUUUCAAUUUAAACUAUCAGCAGUCAGGUCUUGGAGUAUUACGGUACGCCGGAGCGCCCUUGGCCUAUCCGGUAACGGAGAAGUGGGACAUUCAGGAGAACUGUCUUGAUUUGCCGGCUAGUAUGUUGGAACCUGUGCUGUUCAAGGAGGUUCCCAUCGAUUUGCAGGCCGACUUCGUCUACGGAAUGAUCACUAAUCAUUGGAACACUUCCGGCCCUUCGCGGUCUCAGCUUUUUUACAUUCAGGACCAGGCUCCUGCUGUCGCGAGAGGGUUUGGGCCUCCUCCUGGGGCUCCUCAAGUCCGUGGAGCACUGAACACGACCAAUGCCACUUCCCCAACGACAUCAGCAUCAGCACCGACCUUCACGGAUCCGGGAAACUUGAACACAACUAUCCCUGGAGAGAGUUCGUUCAUGAUUGACUACAGCAACCCAACUCUCGGCAUUGUUGAGAAUCAUGCAUGGUACGGCUCUAAUCUCAGCUAUCCUCCGUCCUACAACGUAUACACCUUUACCCAGAAGGACCAGUGGGUAUAUUUUGUCAUCCAGACACCUGGAGGCAUCGCGCAUCCGAUGCAUCUUCAUGGACAUGACUUUUAUAUCCUAUCUCAGUCGGCGGCUCAAUUCACAAAUACAACGGCAGUCCUUGACGGCUACAACCCGGUACGUCGUGACACCGCUAUGUGUCCCCCGGGCGGGUCCAUGGUUUUGGCCUGGAAGACGGACAAUCCAGGCUGUUGGAUGUUUCACUGUCAUAUUGCGUGGCACAUCGCUCUUGGCCUGGGAUUACAGUUCGUAGAACGCCCGGACGACAUCCGGAAUACUUUGGAUAUCGCACCGAGCGUUGCGUCUCCAUGGUACCAGAACACACUGGACUGGAAAUCAUAUGACCGGCCUCCCGUGGUCAUUGACCAAGUCGAUGCAGGAAUUUGAUAAAGUUUUGUUGUGGAGAGGAUGCAUCCUCGUAGUCAUUUCGCACAUAUAUAAUACUGAAUAUUGGUCCGUCAAGGUCGACGAAAGAUACGAAUGUAUGGGUACCUAGGUAG